CCUGAGUUCUAAAUGUCCGAGAAAUUUUAAAAUUCCUUUCUGCACGGCAAACACUUUGUUUCGUUGCUUGCUUUACAACCGUUUCCAUGGUGAUGUGCUGCAAACAUAUGCAUUCUUCUGUGGUGUAGUGCAAUUUUCGGAGUAGUUUCAGCGAACCGCAAUGAAUCAAAAACCUGUUUGGGAGGAUAGGCAAGUCAAAUUCGAUAUUCCAUCAAUCUACAAAACGUUGCGCAGCGGCGAACGUAUGCUGGAAGCGUUCGACUGCGUAGAGGAUACUAAGGGCAACAGUGGAGAUACGGGCCGCAUUCUGGCGACCAACCUGCGAGUAAUAUGGUACUCGGUGACAUCCAAUCGCUUCAGUCUUUCCAUCGGCUACUCCUGCAUACUGACUAUGAACACCAAAACGGUUGUAUCGAAGCUACGAGGCACGACACAGGCAUUGCACAUUCUCGGCGUCGGAAGUAACUCGCGCUUCGAGUUUAUCUUCACGCACAUGCUGGCCAACACGAAACAUUUCGCACCCAUUUUCGACAUCUACCGACUUUACCAGGCUUCGACGAUUUACCGCGAACUGAAGCUACGAUCGUCGAUCUUGGUCGCCGGUCAGCUGCAGGUCUUGCCACAAGAACAACUCUUCAACACCAUCAGUGGCGUGUGGAAUCUCUCCAGCGAUCAAGGGAACCUGGGGAUUCUGAUCAUCAGUAACGUGCGCUUGGUGUGGUUCGCCGAGAUGAACAAUAGUUUCAACAUUUCGCUCCCGUACCUGCAGAUUGCCAGUGUACGGAUUCGCGAGUCCAAGUACGGGCCAGCUCUGGUCAUUCAAACACUGGAAACUGGUGGUUCAUAUGUGCUCGGUUUUCGUAUCGAUCCCUCGGAACGGCUGGGCGACGUGUACAAAGAGCUACUUUCGUUGCACAGUGUCUACACGGAAACGCCCGUGUUUGGGGUCGCCUACGAGGCUCCGGUCGACACGGAGCGUCCUCCGAGUGAAACGUUCGACGACAUCGAAGAGUUUGAAUCGGAGGCGGGGGGAGAAAUUAAUUCUAAAUUUACUGCCUAUCUUGCCGAAACUGACAACGGAUCGACCGGUAGUGGACGCCAGCCGUUCUAUUGCAAGGAGCUGGGCUUCGCAAUGGAAUCCCUGAAAGAAGGAUACACGGUCAAGGAUCUAUGGGAUGUGCUCCCAUCGCAGUAAGCGGACCUACUUGGAAUGGAGAAACCGAUCCGCAUGCGUAUAAACACACCCAGUCGCGACCUGCGUUUGACAACAAACUUUUUUCCAUCUUUUCAUUGGGAAUUUUGCGUCGUUCCGCAAUAAAG